AUGCUGCUGCGCGCCGGCACCUCCACUCCCUUCUCGGUCAGCGACAUCCUACGGCUGGAGCGCGAACAGAGGCGCCCCGGAGCCUCACCACUCCAGGGGGCUGGCUGGGGCCAGGACACCUCUCAGGACCCGGGGCUGCGAGGACGUGAGGGUCUCAGCGAGGGCAGCGGCGGCGGCAUGGACGGAAGGACGCGGGAAGGGUCGGAGCUUCUGCGGAGUCCGGGUGAAACGCCCCUGGAGAUGGACGCCGACCUGGUGGAGGAGCCACAGCCCAGGCAGACGGCGGCCUCGUCCUCCGGAGGCGGUGGCGGGAGCCGGGCGCAGGCGCGCAGGGUGGAGCCCGGAGAGGAGCGGCCCGUGGCGCGGAGGCGCCGGAAGGCACGGGUGCUGUUCUCGCAGACGCAGGUGCUGGAGCUGGAGCGGCGCUUCAAGCAGCAGCGCUACCUGUCGGCGCCCGAGCGCGAGCACCUGGCCGGCGUGCUGCAGCUCACGUCCACCCAGGUCAAGAUCUGGUUCCAGAACCGGCGCUACAAGUGCAAGAGGCAGCGCCAGGACCGGUCCCUGGAACUGGCGGGCCGCCCGCUAGCUCCGAGGCGAGUGGCGGUGCCGGUGCUGGUGCGGGACGGCAAGCCGUGCCUGGGCCCCGGGGCUCCAGGCUUCUCGGACCGCUACGGCCCGGUCACGGUGCCCUAUUCCAACUACAGAGGAGGCUUCGUGGCCCCGUGCGGGGCAGGCUGCGGCACCUUCGCGGCGGCGUUCCUGGGCCCCGCGCUGCCUGCACCCCUGGCCUGCAGAGGCCUCAGUGGAGAAGACACUGGGGGAAGCCCGGAGAGCCACCUGCCCACCACGCUGCAGGGCGUCCGGGCUUGGCUUCAAACUCAGGAGCCUGAGAGGUGUUUUGUGUGCAACACGGAGUGGGGGACAGUCACUGGGCUGGACGGCUGGUUUGGAACAACGUACUUCUAG